AUGGACGGAUGCGACUCUGAUUCCCGCAUUCCCCAAGCCUGGGAACCCACGGCCAAUGCUGAUUAUGGCACUGAAGAUUGUCAAAUGACGGAGCUUGCCGAAAAGAUGAGCAUUGCGUCGUUGUUCGUGGCGCCUGAGCAGGAGGACUGUGUCACUCUCAAAGCAGGAGGAAAGACCUUCAACUUCAAGAAGAGCAUCCUAAUCAAGGACUCCGAGUACUUCGCCACUUGCUUCAAGAACGAGAAUUUCAUCGAGGGCAAGACUUUGACUGUCGAGUUCGACGACAUCGACCCCGACCUCCUCAGCAUCUACCUCCAUCUCGCAUUCAUGCAGGCCAUCAAGGACUCUGUGAAGUUUGACCCUGGCUUGAUGAAGGAACCAAAGCGCCUGAAGCCCAUGGUCGACCUGUACGAGAUUGCCGACCGCUUCAUGAACGCGAAGAUGACCAGACUCGUUGGCUGCUCGAUCCUUGAAAUGGCCAAGGAUCAUCCUAUCAAAAACGUUGCAUACGACAUGACUGCUCAGGAACGAUCUUGGUCUAUCAAGAACUACAAGGAAGCAUUCGAGACCCUUGACUACGGAGAUCACGCUCGGGAGUACAUGCGAGCGAAGCUAGUGGCCGCCUACUGUCGUUGGGUUCCUCUUGGGAACUUCAGAGACGACCUGGUUAUGUUGGAGGAUUCUCCAGAGUUCGUCCGCGAGCUCACAAUCUGUUUUGCUUCGCUCCUAACAGAUGUCGAUACAUCUUGGACCUCUCAACGCGAACGAGUCCGUACGACAUAUCCCCCUGGGAAUUGUCCCAAGUCCUGGGAUGUGGACGCCGGAGUCUUGGAUAUGGGUGACUGGACCAAGUGGAGGCCCUUUCCGCCGAUCAAGCCGAAAUCUCGUUACCACGUGAGCUCUCCCUCUGAUGUCGGGAACACUUCCGCCUCGACCCAUUCUAGCGAUGCUUGGGAUUGGAACACUGCUUUUCCUGGGUUCUUGCACUCUUAG